AUGGAGAGCCACCCUACAACCUCCAAGAGCCACGGCGGCAUUGACCAGUCAGUGGCGAUCGAAGACGGCAAGAUAUACCAUAGGGAGAGCAGCCGAAACCCAAAGUGGUAUCAACGCCUACUUGAUGCCGGCGUCGAGGAGAAUGGGGUCCUCCCAGUGCCUCUCGAGAAGCGGACCAACACCAACUACAGCAACCUCUUCACCGUUUUCUUCACCAGCCUGCUUUGCCUGCUGCCGAUCCCAACGGGCGCGCUAGCCACUGCACAAUUUGGGUUGAGUUUGAGGGAUGCUUCGUUGGUGAUACUCUUCUUUUCGAUGCUGACAACCGUGGCUCCUGCAUUCAUGGGCAUUGCCGGCUCUUAUACCGGACUGAGGCAGCUCGUUCAGGCCAGAUAUUCCUUUGGAUAUUACCUCGUUUCCAUCCCUCUCCUCCUCAACGCCGCUACCGUAACCGGUUUCGCCCUGUCCUCCUCGAUUGUCGGGGGCCAGACCCUCGCAGCCGUCAACCCCGGCCAUAUCGACGUGAAAGUCGGCAUCGUGAUUACGUGCCUCGUCAGUUUUGCUGCUUCUUUCGUCGGAUACCGCGCGCUUCACAUGUGGGAGCGGUGGCAAUGGCUCCCCAAUCUUGUCGCAAUGGUGAUCGCGGUAGGCUGCAGUGGGCGGCACUUGUGGGAACAGGCCGAGGCGCCCCCUCCGACAGCAGCUCAGAUACUCAACUACGGGAGCAUCAUGGCAGGGUACUUCAUUACUUUUGGCGGAACAGUAUCGGAUUUCACCGUGUACCACGACCCCAAUAAUACCACCAAGCUGAAGAUGUCUUCGUACAUCUACCUCGGCAUCUUGACCCCGUCUAUCCCACUUCUCGUUCUGGGCGCAGCAAUUGGGGGCGCACUCAACAACGUCCCCGAGUGGAAGUCGGGAUGGGAUACAUAUGGCAUUGGGGGCGUCAUGGCCGCCAUGUUGGUCCCUGCCGGUGUCUUCGGCAAGGUUGUACUCGUGGUCCUCGCGUUGAGUGUAAUCGGCAACGUUGCAACCUCCAUGUACUCCGUCGCCCUUUGCAUGCAGCUGAUGCUUCCGGUAUUUACCAAGGUUCCCCGUAUUGCUUUUGUCGUCAUCGCCCUGGGCAUCAUGAUCCCGAUGGCUAUCCGUGCAGCGGAGGAAUGGGCCACCUCGCUUCAGAACUUUUUGGGCUUGAUCGGGUAUUGGGCCGGUUUUUUUGAUGCGGUCAUCAUCGAAGAGUUGGUUCUCUUCCGCCGGAUGGAUUAUGAUUCAUACGACCAUGCCGCCUGGAAUGCCGCCUCCGUGUUGCCUUCUGGCCUCGCCGCCAUCGGAGCAAGUGUUUUGAGUUUCGGGCUCACCAUACCAGGGAUGGACCAGGUGUGGUUCACAGGGCCUGUUGCCAGGACGACGGGGGAUAUUGGCUUCGAAUCGGCGUUCGUGCUGACAGCGAUUUUCUAUGCUCCGCUCAGGUGGUUAGAGAUCAGGAAGCGGGGGCACGUCUGA